UCAGACCCCAGCGAUGUGAAAGGCAGCAGAGGCGCUGGGGUGCGUUAUUCAGGUGUUGUUUCUCCGAGUUGUGUUACUGGAAAGCAGGUCCGUUCUCCGUUAGUUUGUUUUGACACCGAGGGAAAGUAACUCCAAUGAACCGACAAUGUUUAAAGUGGGAAUUUGACACAAGAAGACAUUUGGGAAUAUGGAUUCAGGAAGAAUUGCGCACGGAAGAAAACCGGAUAUUCCUGUAAUCAGACCAAGACCAUCGGAUAAGAAGCAACAAAUCCAUGAGGUCGGCGUUAAAAGUCUUGAACUCAGUAAGGUGAUCCGUCUUCUUGAAGAUCCUUUGACCGCUAACAUGAAGGAGAGGCACCUGUUUGUCCUGAAUAAACUCCUGAAGAGAAGCCAAAUGGGAUUUCUUUUAAAGGAACUGACAGACGUCUCCAAGAUACUCAACAUCUGUGCUGAGAAAGGGGCGGAUCACCCUGAAUAUGUGCCAUUUCUAUGUCAGGCACUUCACAUUUGUAGGCUUCCCUUCCUGAAGGAGAAAACCUCCGAUGAGCUGAGCUACGCUCAGGACGUCGUAGAGUUCCUCUCUCACAUGGGCUGUCUGAUGAGGAUGUCCGAUGCUGAAGUGAGACAGCAGACACUUGAGUCUGUGAAAUGCUUCUACAGCUGCGUGGCUCCCAAACCGCUGAUUGACGGUACUGACCGUCUCUCCAAGCCGAAGCCUCGUACUUUCCCCUCCGGCAACCAACUUUCUAGACUUUCACCGAGGCUUCAUCCAACCUCUCCCGGCUACAGGCUGCAGCUGCUGGAGCGCAGUGACCUGGCUCAGACGUUGCUUCUCUCCCUGGCGGCUCUUGAGAACCAGCCCACCAUCAAACUGCAGCUGCUGCAGACCCUCCAGAUCCUCUCCAGCUCCUCUCACAUGAACUGCGCGUUAAUAGUGAAUGCACGAGGAGCAGAGACGAUCUGUCUGCACAUGAACGAACCCGACCCGUCCGGCCAGGUCCUGUUCCGCUCCUCCGAGAUCCUCUGGAACCUGCUGGAGACCGGCAGCGAGGAGGUCACUGCUCAGCUCAGCAGCAUGGAGUGUGUCACUUCUCUGAAAGAAGCGUUUCUUCACAUGCUGACGACUGGUUCCCGACACUCUGAUCUCCAACUCAGAAACGAUCUGCUUGUGAUCACAACUCUCGUUGCAGAAAAUCCUAAGUCUCUGCUUAUUGAGAGCUUAUUUGCCAAACAGCUUGUGGUUUUGGCCACAUUUCCAGAGCUGAAAAGUCACAGCCCUUUGGUCUGCAACCUGAAGCUCUCCUACGAUAACGAAGACUUGAAAAUGAAGAAGCUGCUUUUCAAUCUGUUGGUUUUGAUGUCAAAAGACUUUGCUGCUCUGCAGCUUUACAAAGAGGAAAGAGUUAUGCUGGCUCUGCUGACGCUCGCGAAGCCGCCCGCCGCCUCGUCGGGGUCACCUGGGUGGACCUCGGCCCAGCGGGAGGAGCUCCAGCUGCAGGCGCUGGCCACCGUCUGCACCCUCGCUCCGCUCAUGUUGGACGACUACACGAGUCACCAGGGGAACGCCAGUCUGCUGCUCCUGCUGGACCACUGCGUCGCCCAAGAUGCUUUCUUUGGUCAGAGUGACGGAUGCCACAACGCAGGAGGAAGCGGCAGCACGAAGGCUCACAUGCGGCAUUGUGUCAGAGUGCUGAGAUCAGUGUUGUCUUUAGGAGUUGACUCUGUCAACCAGGACUUUUGUGAUCAGGGAACCAUAAGUCAGUUCUUGGGGAUUGUGAUGCAGAUGGAAGCUAGUCCCGAUGAGGAGGACGCAGUCACCCUGGAGAUCAAGUCAGAUAUUCAACUGAUACUUUCAGCGCUGUGUGAGAACGACAUGCACAGAAAGGAGCUGUUUGGAUCAGACGGAGUUGAGAUGGCAAUUCACUUCCUGGAGAAAGGCUGCGACAAGUUCUACAGCGGCCUGGGACACAACAGGCUCCUCCUGUCCACGGUGGACUGCGUGCGGUCCUGUAUUGUUGGCUGUUACACCACAGAAGAUUACUUUCUGGCUAAAAAGGGGGCGUGUCUUCUGUUGGACUUACUCAGUUCGAGCCCCAGAUGCGUUCACUGCAACGUCCUCGCCAACCUGCUGGAGUUGUGCGACAACCCGAACACUGCGUCUCACAUCCUGAGCUGGAGGGACGCCGGCGGUCAGACCGCUCCCAGAGUCCUGCUGCAGCUGUGGAGGGACGAGGAGGAGGAGCUGAAGGUCAGCCGAAACCUGCACGGGGGGAUCGCAGACCCCCACAAACCCAUCCUCCGUCCACACCAGCAGGCGGACCCCCAGCGGCCCUUUGCUGCUAACAUGCAGAGUGCAGCAAUCCUGGAGCUGUCAGAGAACCUGCGGAUUAAGAUUUACUCCAUCGUCUCCAAACUUGGUUAUCAAGGGCUUCCAGGAUUGUCUAGAAAAGAUGACGUGACUUUGAGCGUCGUCAGGAGAUACCUGGACUUCAAGGUCGGGGAGGUGUGGAACGAGAUCCGCAGGGAGCUAGAACAGGACUGUGUGAGGCCGACCACCCCCGACGAGGAGGCCCUGAGCGCCAUCUGUAAGGAGGCCGAGGACACGGCGAUGAGGGUCGCGGCCGAACAGGAGAGCAUCCUUCAGCGGUGGGAGGAGGAGGACACGCGCGAGGAGGAGCUCGUGUACACGGAGAUCAAGUCUCAUUGGAAGCAGCGGGAGCUCAUGGCCGAGUCAUGGGACUCUUAUGUUUCCAAGACUUCAAACUAUGAGAUCCUGAAGGAAAUAAAAGCCAAGAGGGAGAAGUACAUUGAAUCAUCGCGACCCAAAGAAAGGCACCAGGAGGCUGCGGUUCAUCCACAAGAGCAUUUCGUCGGCCAGGUGGUGUCUGUAGAGAGAACGGGAGCUCAGGGGCCCGCAGGGGUCAAAGUGAUGCUGGCCAGAGCUCCCCUCAAAGUGGCCGGUCGGGAUCCAGCUGGAGCCACAAGUCAGGACCCGGAAUACUUCAGCACCGUAUCUGUAAAAGACUGAUGUUUCACACGCGGCCUUUAUGUUGUUUCUAACACUUUCUAAUUCAUCCUGCAGCGUCUGUGCACACUGAAGUGUUUGUAAUUUGACUGUGGCUGCGAAUGCAGACAUGAGGUCACUUAAAGUGCACAAUCAGCAACUUGUAGUCUAAUCCAGCCGACACACAAAGUGCAGUCAACUGGCUGGCCUUUGUGGCAGAGCUUACUGUUGAAAUACACGCAUAAUAAUAAAACAUGUAAUUUCAUUCUGUAACCGGUUUCCACCACGACAUUCAUAUCAAUAAACAUAUAAUUAUAAUGUUUCUAUGUGUUAAUCAUCCAAUGUGCUUUGUUUAUAUAACUAACAGUGAGACCCUGAACAGUUAAUGGGACAUAACGGAAACUGCAGCAUUAUUUAACACCAAAAUAUCAAACCCUGGGUUAAUUUAAGGAUUAAAAAAAUCUGAUUAUCUCCCCCCCAAAUGUUGAUCCCCGUUUGUCACAGACUAUCUAUAUAACAGUUGUUAUGAAGUGUCCUAUCUAAAGUGUUUUGGGGUUACAUAAGUCGCUGCAGCGCAUUAACACACAUGCCCCUUCAAGCGUGCAACAUGCUGCACAAAGACUCUUCUCCUCCCUCUCUCCCCGUGUCACCGGCUGGAUGACCAACGGUCUCUGACAGGCUCCUUGUGCAGCUUUAUGAGUGCGUGCGUUGAGCCCCGUCCGACUGGGACGUCCACACUGUACAAAGGAGCAGGGACACACGGUUCAUGCUGUCCGUCCGUCUGUCUGAGGGCGCUGAGCUGCUGGAGCCGUCCAUGAAGGUGAGGACGAGCGUCAACGGGUGCUCGUCAAAUCCCAGAAGAUCCGAGAACUUCAAACUGAAGGUUAUUGGUUUGCCUGAGAAGCUCCAGCAGCAGAAAUGAUCAUCAGACUGGGGAGACUGACUCCAGGGUACUUCCGUCUGCUCCAGAGGCAGGUCUCCGGUGAGGUGCGGAUGCAGCCACAGAGCAGUCUCAUCAAUCCCAUCGCCAUGACGAUGGCCGCAGUGGGGAUGGGAGUGUCUCUCUACAGCGCCAGGCAGAUGGCCGAGAGAGUCAAUGUGAAGCUUCCCGCUGCCUGGGAUCAGUGAGCAGCUCCGUGGGUGUUUUGUGUGACAGUUUGCGUGUUUGUGUAUGUCGCAGAGGGUUUGAGCUUUUGUGGGUUGAGAGAGAUCGUGUGUUUUAUGGUGUUGCUUGAAGGAAACAUCCAGGUGUUCCAGGAGGAAGAAUGUGUUCAGUUCUAGCGGUUGUUAAGUAGCUGUUUGCAAUCUCAACAUGUAUCAGCAAACAAGUGAGCUCGUAGGUUUUCCACUCUCUGUAUCCUGUGCAGCGUAUCGGUAAACUUCGCCCGGGAUUGGAUUUGAAUCCAAAUUAGCAAACGAUGAUCUCUGCAUUGAAGUUUGACCUACGGACAUUGUUUCCCGCAUUUUAUUGACCAAUAAAACAAUAAGAAAAAUGACCACAGAGAAUCUUAUAAAAUAAAUAUGUGGGGGUUCACUUAGCACAGAAGCUUGUUGUAUGUAGUAUUAUUAGUUAAACACUCACCUCAGUACUACUUUGCAUUUAGAAUGAACAUUGUACACCCUAAAUAAACAUCCCCUUGAGUAUUUGUAUUUGCAAAUUUAGACUAUAAUCCUAAAUGCAUGCUGAAUAAAAGUGUCAUGUUUGUACUAGAAUGUAAUCAAUUAAAAAAUUCCACUUGCAGACAUUGAGAAAGAUUGGCUCUGUAUGGUAACAACUUAUUGAUGUCACAUUCAAAUAAAUCUGUUCACAUUUGUCAUCUA